AACGUCGCCGUUUCGUAAUUCUUCUUCUUUUUUUCUUUUCUCAUGUGAAGAAGAGUCUCUCUCUCUCUCUCACUGCAACCCUUUGUGCAAGAAAUCUAAAAAGCUUAAAUUCUUCACUUUUUGGGUUCAUCUCUUUUUCUCUUGCGUCCAUUACGUUGUUCGAUCAAAAGGAUUUUUACUUACAGAUUAUUGCUUAAGGUAGCUUUGCUUUGCAAUGGGUGACAGUCAGUACUCGUUUUCUCUCACCACUUUCAGCCCAUCAGGGAAGCUGGUUCAGAUUGAACAUGCCCUAACAGCUGUUGGUUCUGGCCAAACAUCUCUGGGAAUCAAAGCUUCAAACGGAGUUGUCAUUGCAACAGAGAAGAAACUUCCCUCUAUUCUUGUUGAUGAAGCCUCUGUUCAAAAGAUUCAACAUUUGACUCCCAACAUUGGAACUGUUUACAGUGGUAUGGGUCCUGAUUUCCGAGUUCUUGUGCGAAAGAGUAGGAAGCAGGCUGAACAAUAUCUCCGACUGUACAAAGAACCCAUCCCCGUUACUCAACUUGUAAGGGAAACUGCCACGGUGAUGCAAGAGUUCACUCAGUCGGGUGGUGUUAGGCCGUUUGGAGUCUCUCUACUGGUGGCGGGGUAUGAUGACAAGGGUCCACAACUGUAUCAGGUGGAUCCAUCUGGUUCAUAUUUCUCAUGGAAAGCUUCGGCAAUGGGAAAGAAUGUUUCGAAUGCAAAGACAUUUCUUGAGAAGAGGUACACAGAAGAUAUGGAACUUGAUGAUGCCAUUCACACGGCAAUAUUGACAUUGAAGGAAGGUUUCGAGGGAGAAAUCUCGAGCAAAAACAUUGAGAUUGGCAAAAUCGGUGCUGACAAAGUUUUCAGGGUACUAACACCAGCAGAAAUCGAUGAUUACUUGGCUGAAGUCGAGUAAACUUUCACUUAACCGUUCACCAAACCCGGAUUUUCAUUUCAACACUUUCUCUUUUUUGUUGGCUGGUUGCACAUAGUUUAUGGUUCUUGCUUCUGUAAAACUUUUGGAAUUUGUGAAGACUCGAUGACCCAAGUUAGAAUCUCUUUAUUCACUCAUUUUAAAGUAUCUCUUUGGUGGA